AAGCAGCAUCUAAGCACAUCUAGAAACUAAGCAAGUGCUGAAGGAGGGAGAAUUCUGAGAAUGGAAUAGCCCUUCAUGAACUCCCCUGUGAGUUCCUCAGCGGAGGGGUGCAGGAUCAAUGGGACAGCUAGCCCAGUCUCCUUUUUUGUGUUGACAAUAUGUCAAGUGGACAGAAGCUGCCUGGGCCUGGUAGUAAAGACCGUUUGGAAUCAAAAAGAACCCCUUCACUUUCUACAUCCCAGCCAGUGGAUCCCAACUCUUCCAGCUUGCUUCUCACUGAAGAAAACGUCAAGAAACUGCAAGAGAAGAAUUCUGCUUCUAAAUCUGCCCUUGCUAGAGAGUCAAUAGAAGCGUUCAUUACACAGAGCAAUCUCUUUCUGAAUAAGAGUGAAGCUAGUACAAGUCGAAGCAAGGAGCAAAGUCUGUCCGAUGAAAAAGAACCAAAGGCAGCUUCUGUUGUUAUCCAUGUAGAGGACACACGUGAAGAUGUCUCAGAAAACACUGAACAAUCCUCAAAAAAAGGUACCUGUAUAUUAUUCCCUGAUUCCCAGACAAGAUCUCCAUCAUCUUCAGUUCUUGAGUCUCAAACAUCAAUGAAAGCAGAGUUGCCAACAAUAAGAUGUGGUGUUACAGAUGUGGAAACUCAGACAGAAUGGAGUUACUCAGACAUGAGUUCAGAAGAAAAAAGGAGAAGGAAGGUGGAGCAGGCAAGCAAGAUUGUCAAGGAGAGACCUUUGGUUGGAGAAAGUGAGGAGCUAAUAGUUCGCAGCAUAUUAGAAAAAAAAGAUGUCGCUGAAGUGGUCAGUGAAGAGAGUUCUGAAGAUCACGAGUCAGAUAUUGAGGAUCAUUCUGAAACCGAUCUUUGCCUUCUCGGUUGCUGUGAGUUUUGCGCCACGGCACUGAACCCUUUACCAACAGCAGAAUUCCUGGAUGAGAGGCCAGAGAAAAUGGAAUGUCUUAUGUGUUGCAGGACAUACAAGGACAUUUUCCAAUGUGUAGUUCAGGAGCUCAUAGAAAACAGCCCCGAAGGAAGUACAAUCGACAUCACUCCUCACCGACACCAAUCGGAAGGCUCUUGGCUAGAGAACAAGACUAAAAGGACACUGAUAAAAGAGAUUGAAGACAAAGGGGGCAUUGAUCAGUACAGGGACGUCUUUGAGCAAUAUAUAAAGUUUGGGCCAUGUAUGAAACUCAGAUUCAAAUUAUCAGAUUAUCCACCCAAACCCAAAAAAGUCCGUAAGAAAGCUCCAGAGCCCAAGGAAAUACUGACUUUAGAUUUGGAGUUCAAAGCUGAACAGUUAAAGAUUUGCCAUUCUACCAAGCCUGUGAAAAGAUAUUAUUCUGAUGGGAAGAUAUUCUAUCUACUUUUCCCAGAUGGAACUGGCCAAGUUUAAUAUCCGACAAUAACAAUCAUGAAGCCAGAUUAGGAAUG